GAAUCUGUUAUGCAGCGCGAUGCCGGUCGAUAACAGGAGAAUCGCAGGGCCUGAAGUCACCCAGCCCGUUAUUUUCACAGGAAGAAAGGCAUUCGAUAAACCUCUGGUACGAAAGGAAUAGUAUCCUCUUCUUUGUCAGCUUUCAUUGUGUUCCUUCGUUCAUGACUUUGUCUCUCACUUCAGAUAACUGGUGACGGUUUACGAAGAGAUGGACGGAAAACAGACGAACUUCGACCGUUGUGUAAGUUGACUCCGCAACAGAUAAACUGAAGUAAUUUAAGGGAAGCGAUGAAAUAUGAAGUUUUAUAAACGCACCCAUCAAAACAAAGCAUUAAGUUCUGAAAAAUUAAAAACAAAAAACAAAAAAGCGAGUGUAUCAUAAUAUGUAUAAUAAUUAUACUAAAAUAAUUCUUAUGAAACAAAAUUAUACGAAGAAGUACUUUAUAACUAUGAUUAAAACUAGUACAAUUAUUAUAAUUACUAUUACAAUAAUUAUUAUUAUUAUUACAGUUUUGCGUUCAGGGGUAGUCAGUCAAGCCAGAGGCUCAGCAUACAUUGAAAUGCAGAACACCAAAGUCACAUGUGCUGUGUAUCCUUAUACGAUUAUGUACAUGAACAUGUGCUUUUAUAAAUUAAUCGAUCCAUCUCCACUACGUUUCAAAGACCAAAGGUAAAGGGUAGACAUCCCACCUCUGGGAUAUUGUCCUUUUGAAAAAUUUAGAUCCUUUGAAUAAAGGAUAAUAAUUUGUUUUCUUUGUGUCUUUGUGUUUCCAAUUAAAAUCAAAAAUUGAAAAUCAUUGUCAAGGUUUGUGACAGUCAGGUUGAUGUGUUCAAAAAGACACAAUGUUGCAAAUUGCCUCUUUGAUGCUCUGUUCAUUGCUGACGUUAUUAACAAUGUAUGAUUUAUAGAAACAUGUUUAUUGAUUAUUAGUACUGGACACAAAGAAAGAAAUGUCAAGUGAGAACUUUCAUGUUCAAUACUUCUUUUUUUUUAAUCAUUUCAGCUUAGAAUAAGAACAAAAAAAAUCAUUUUUGUCUCUUGACUCAGUGUUAGAUAUGGGCCAAGAGAAUCACAGAGACAGCAAGAGUUUAGUGAAAGGGUAAUAGUAAAAUGUAUAUAAUAUAAUUUAAUAUGUCACUAUAUGAUAAUGUACAUUUAACAGUACAGCUAGUAUGCAGAAUGCUUCAUAAAAGUUCUUUUGAAUAAUGAGCAGUUUAGAAGAUGUUUAAUUAUCAUCAUGAUAGAUAUUGUGAUAGUUUGGUUUUUGAUGUAUUUUGUUAAAUGUGAUCAGUUGUUGACUUUGAGUUUCCUAAACAGAAAUUUUAGGAACAAAAAUGAAAAUUUAUUCAUGAUUCAAGAUAAUAAAAUUAAAUCUGGAUUGAAGAACUUUUGAAAGGAAAUUAAUGAUAACGUCUGCAAUAUGUCCACCAAAUAUACUAAAUUUAUUAUAUCAAUGAAAUAUAUGUAGCGCACUGUAGGAUGUUCUGCUUAUUCUGUCUUUUUAAUGUCUUAGAAAUAACCUAGAAGUCUUAUUUUACAGGGAAAGUUGACUUGCGAGUUCAAGUUUGCACCAUUUUCAUGCUGGCAAAGGCGACAACACAUGCAGGUGAUUAUCACUAGCUGUUGUGAGGGAAGAUUACUUUGGGAACUAAAUAAUUUGAUGAAGCAGCUAUAGUUUUUUUCUUUUAAGAUACAAUUGGGAGCUUUGUUAACUUCCUUUUCUGGGAAGCUGGGUAAUUAAUGAAGAGGACCCUUAGCUUUUUGUCCAGAUUUCCUGAAAGUUUACUGACAACCUUUUAUAUUCUAGGACCAGGUUUUUCAAAGCUGAAUUAGGAUAACCCAGGAUUAGUGUUAAAUCUGAUUUCAGAUCUGAAAACUUUAAAAGAAAAUUCAAUAUAAUUCAUAUGUCUAGAAUAUGAUUAUUGAAUUCUCUAUAAAGAAUAAAGAAUCCUGAAGAGGCUUUUGAACAUAGGAUAAAGAAACUUGGUUUGAAAUUUAACCUUGAGUUUAUGCUAAUUGACCUUCAAACAGCUCCAUGAGGUACAUUUAGUGAGGGCAGCACUCCCAACUUUGAACAAUUUUUGCCAUCAUGGCUGAUAGAAAGAAAGAUAUCUUUAGUUAGCAACUAUAUUCUGUAAAUUUGCUGAUUUACAAAAUUGAAAGCUUGUGUUCAGUAGUAAAUAAUUGUGCAAGCCACAUGUACAAAAUUUUUCCUUCUUUAUUUAGAGGUUCAACAUCAUUUAUGUUCUGUAGUUUUCUGUUUCGUAAAUAGUUGAUUCCCCUCUCUUUGGUUGUCUGAAAGUGAUCUUUUUUUCUUUUCUUUUUUUCUUUGCUAAAUUUCAAAAUCCUUCAAUCCACAAACUCUCUAGCAUUCAAUUACUUUCAUUAUAAACUAAUGACUGGAAAUAGCCGUAUGAGACUCUUUUUUUUUUUUUUUUUUUUCAUUUCUGUUGUUCAGGAUUCAGAAGAAAAGGAGCUAUCUUCAUUUAUUGUUCAAGCUCUCCAGCCAGCCGUUUGCUUGGUAUGUUUUCAAGAAUUUUUUUAUUCUGAUGACUCAGCAGUUACAAACACAGUUGAUAAUGUAAACUGUUUAUGGUAGUUUUUUUCCUUUGUUUUUAUUUUACUUAACACGAAAUUAAAAUGAUAAUAAUGGGCCCCUCAAGAAACAAAUAAACCUAAUCAUGGGCUCUAAAAACUCUAUGUCAACAUGACAUACUUAAACUUAGUUUCAAGGAUAAAAACUGAUCAAAUUUUUUUGUAAUUCAUAGGAGAAGUUCCCCAAAGCUCAAGUUGACAUCUAUAUUACUGUCUUAGAAAAUGAUGGAAAUGGUUAGUCAGUGGGCAUGACAACUGCAUUUUGUUGUGCAAAAAUGUAGGAAUCUGUUGUCGGUAGUGUAAAUGCUAAAAUGAGCUGGAAUGGUCAAAAUGAUCUCAAAUUAUGGUUAUAUGCACAACGUGGUACUUACUUUUGGAUAGGGAACAUUCUCUUUGUAGCUCUGGCUGUAUUGUGAACAAACAAAGGAAAAAUUAAAUUAAGACAUUUAGUGGUCAUUUUUACCUAAACUAGUCUUUCAAACCACAAUACAUGUAUGUUAUAUGUAGUAAGCUCAGAUUGAGUUUAUAAAAAUUGAUGCUUUUUUCAUUAAACCAUCCUUUUAAAUCCAACCUGAUAAUUUCUGAUUGCUCACUCAUAGUUCUUUACUGCUUUCUCAUGCUGCUUGAUGUGGUACACUGUUAAUUGUACACUUCUUGUUUGUUUCUUGCAUUCCAUAUGAGUUAAUUUGCAAUCUGAAACUGUCAUCUUUCAUCAGAAAAGAAUUGUGGUAAAAUUUUCACCAAUAUGUAGCAGUCAUGUAAAUUAUCUCAGUUGAAAGUCUCCAGCAUUUUGAAAAAUCCACAUGUAUGAUCUCAUACAAUAGAACUUGAGUAAUUAAAAUUGACUUUUGUAUAUUUGUUUAAUUUGUAACCAAUCUUGUUAUUUCAUGUACACACAGCUCUUUCUGCUGGCAUAAUUUGUGCAUCACUGGCCCUUGGAGAGGCUGGAAUAGAAAUGUAUGACCUUGUUUCCUCCUGUUCUUUGGUAAGGAAACAACUCUGCUUAGAAAUUUUGGUGCUAGAACAUUUCAAUUUUGAUAUUUUAGUCAAUGGAUUUAGUAUGGUAUGGCUCACAUUAAUUAUAUGGCCUUGCAUGCUCGUCAACAAGUUCUUUUUAGCUUGAGGUGGUUGAGCAUAAAAUUCUGUUAUACUGUUGAUGUACUUUUUUUUAUCUUAAGUUUGCAGCAUGAAAUUAGGUAUAGAAUUAUUAUCAAAACUUAAAAAAAAUAAAAAUUAUGAAAUGGUCUUGGAAGUAAAAGGGUUCACUGAUCGUUUAUUACUUCCACAGGUGCAGAAAGGUGACACAUCACUGGUGGAUCCCACAUUUCAAGAGGUAAAGAUAUUUAGUGAACAAAAAUAAUGGUUUAAUGGAUUACUUAUAAUAGGCACAAUACCUAUUACUGGUCAUAUUCUUUUCUUUUUGAUUCCAGUCUGUUGUAGAUGCUCAGUAAAUGAAACAAAGCACAAUUAUUUUUAAUGGUAAACAGCACCAUAGUUGCAGAGAGGUGAAAAGAUAGGGAGGUCUGGGACAGAUUGUGUAAUGAACUUCCUAAGAACUAUUUAUGUGACCCAGGCCCUAACUUUUCUUGUUUUUCACUCUGUCAUUUCUAUUGUGUUGUUAAUUAUUUCGCACAGAGUCAGCACUGGAACAGGUUAGUUUGAUGUGGCUGUAAUGAAGGGCUGAUGCUUGAAAUGCCAGCUUUGAAGCUCUUUACAGCGGCCAAUCUACAUUAUCAACUCAAUUGAUAAAGCCAAAUUUUCUAGAUUAAUUCAACACUGCUUUAAGCUUUCAAACCUCUUUUCAAUAACCUACCUUUAGGCCACUGUACAAGUUUCAAAUGUAUGAUGCUUUGCACUUUUUGACUUCUCUUUGUCCUUUGAAAUUUCAUUGCAAGAGUAUUAUUUUGACUUGAAAAUAAAUGUUAGAUAAUACAAGUUUUAUUCCAUCUCUUCUUAAUGAAUUAUGGGUCUUUUGUUAGACUUCAUCUUCAGAUAUUGAUGGAAGGGUCACCAUAGCCUUUCUUCCUACUAUGAAUGUCAUAUCUGGUUUGUCACAAGAUGGUGAAUUGACUCAGGAUCAAUCCAACAAGGUAAUUAGUUGUGUGUUGCAUCAGAUCUUUGACUUUUAUACCUAGGGGAAAAAUUUCAAGAGUAGCGUAAUUUCUGGCUCUAUACUCACAUGGUAGAUUACACACUUGCCAGUUUUAAACAGCAGUUGAAAAUGCAACACCAGAUCACCUGCACCAUUGGAUAAAUUGCAUCUCAAGAACAAGGAAGGCUAUAAAUUAAUAAUUUUGCAUGGUGCAAAAUUAUCGUGAAUUUUUAUUUAUUAUUAAUUGUGGUACUUCUGAGUGUUUUGAAAUCAAUGUUGGUGGGGGGGAGGGUGGGGAAAGGGAGGGGGAUGUGGAUCAUAUACUGUACUUGGCCAAUUCACAUACCCCUUCCCAAAUUUUCCACAUGUUAAAUGGCUUUUGAAUGGUUUCUUUGCACAGCAAACUUCUUUGCCAUCUGUUACAGGAUUUGAUCUUCUCUCUGAGUACAACUUUUGACAAUUAGUGCUCAUAGAAAUAGCUACUAACACGUAUUUGCGAAAAAAUAGUCCCACAAUAUGUUAUUUUACUGAGUGCAAUCCUGUUGAAAUAAAUGAUGGGGCUUUGCCACCCCUCCCCUGGCAAAAAAUUACGUAAAAUAUUGAAAUUAACUCUAUAUUAAAGAACCCAGAAUGAUGUAUAAUCAAUGUUCAACAAAGUUUCUUAAUAUAUAGUUUUAUGUUUUGUAAUUUUCAUCUAUCCCUUUUUUUCUUCUUCAGGCCAUUAAGUGUGGUAUGGAAAGUUGUGCAAGAAUUUUUCCAGUUCUUCAAGAAUCUCUUGUUAACACUGUAAAGCGAACUGUGAAUUCCAAUUGUAAAAGCUAAUUUGAACGUUUUCUGCGGUAUUUAUGACAAGCUUAAUAUCAUAUCAUGAGAGAAUAGCAGUGAGCUGUAAUGUCAAGGAUCUUUGCGAAAAGAUGAGACAUGUCUUCUGUUGUCGGAGAUCUACUCAAGUUUGCUUUGGGGAUGAAACAGUGCCUACAUCCAGUGCUUCCAAUAAGACCUGGCACCCGCUGGAACUCUGGAGGGUAUUCUGUUGUGAAUCGCCGGGUAUACUUUGGAAGCUCUCAAGCAAACUCAUGAAGUGAGAUCUAAAACUUAAAGACUUAAAAGCUUUAUUUUACAAUAUGAAACACUCCUUUCCCACAUCUCCCAUAAAUAAUUAUUUCACGAAUCUCAGUUUAAAUUGGUACAGCUCCCCUCUUACAUUGUCGUUGUCGAAGUCCAGUGCUCCCUCUGCAGGUGAUGCGAGGUCGCUUUCAUCCGAAGGUUUGCCUGGUAUUUCCGCCAUGAAUCUUGGAAGUGUAAAAGUUCUUUAAAUCUGUUUCACAAAAAGGGUCAUCGUUUUUUUAGAUGAGUAAACAUUUGUGUUUUGAGAUGAAUAAAACUCGCUCUUUGUUUUACGAGAAAAAAAAAACAAAACAAAACAAAAAACAAAACAAACAAAUUCACUUUGAGUAGUUCUCGUUCUACAAAGAUUGUUUCCUGUCCAGAGUCGUUAGCUAAAUUUCCAUUUAGCAACAUUGGGGCCUUUUUGUAAUACACCAUUUUGCGAGACGCUCGAUUUCUCUGCUUCAAAAUGGUGCUAAGAACAAAGUCUUUGGUGUGAAAAAAUAUUUUUCCUGAUAUCCUCAUGCAAGUCGAACUCGUUUUUCUCACAGGGGAAGCGCUGAAUUUUUUUCCUUCUAUUUUUGUACCUUUAUCACUGAUUAAUUCCUAUGUGAUAUUCAGCAAAAGUUUACCAACUUGCCCGCCGACGCAGCACAACAAGUUUAUUUUUGUCGGAAACUUAUAAUCUCCUCCUGCUAAGUCUAGGUGUUAUUUCUUCCUCGUUUCACGUUCAACCUGAAGAAACGUAUAGAAAGAACUUGUCAUUUCAUCGAUCGGUUCACAGUACAAUUUGAGGUAGCUAGAAGCAAGGUUGUUUAAAGCAGGGCUAAAAAUUGGCGGUCGCACGGUCGCCAGUGGCGAGUUAAAACUGACCAGGGCCACCAAAAGUGGAGGUUUGAACGCCCGAUGUGCGACUAUGCUACAGAAUUUCGAAUAGUUGCAAUGUAAAUUAUGCGAAGUACAAAGUUGAAAAUAAAACUCAAUAUGUAGUUUAAUUUGACUACCUUUCUCUUCGUUUCUUUGCCUGGACUCUAAGAUCAUCCAUUUUAGCGAUUUUUUAGUUCUGAAGUGGAAAUUCCGAGCCGUUUUAACAGUGAUUUUAUGAGCUUGUUCUUUCCUUUUAGUUAACGCUCCGUCAAAAGCCACGGGGCAUUUGUUCAAGUUUUUCAUUUUAAACUAGAGGAAAUCGAGGGCCAUUUCAUUUUGGGAUGGGCCACUAAGAAUUCAAGGAAGCCGGCCCAACUGGCCACCGAGCACUGGAGUUAAUUUUUAGCCCUGUUAAAGUAACAUUAAAACAAAAAACAAAACUUGAUAGGUAGAAAGUCUCGAGCGUAUGGAACAAUUUGAUUAUAAUGUGUGAAAAAAUCACGCAAUUUUAGACUCAAAACGUUCGAGUAGUUGCUUUCAAAGUCAUAAUUUGCGCUAUCGAGUAACGGGCUUUGUGGACGCUUUUGGCCAUAUCUUUUUUUCUCUUGGAUCAAUUUUUUUGCCAGUUUAAAGGGGACAAUUUGUACACCAAAAUUAUGCAACCAAAAAAAGUCACCGUGCUCGUUCAUUAGCCUAAGAUCAUCGUACCUCUUUACCUGGUCCAUUUAUUGAAAAACAAUACCGCGUUCUCAGAAUACUCGCGCUUACGUCAAUUUUAUGCGCAGUACCGGAUGAUCAGUAGUGCCAUACCAAGGAAUCACCUCAAAAGAUACUGAAAAGCCAUUAGUUAUUCGGUCGAUGUUGUAAAUCGUUUUACUACUUUUUAAUAAGCCAUUUUUAAUUUUUGAG